CCUGACGUCUGUUGAGAGUCUCUAAUGAUCACAGUUCGAUUCUCGUGCAGAGGAACCUGUUGGAAACGUGAAUGAGUCUCCGGUUUCCCAGCUGACCGUGAAGGCAGCACGGGGCGUCCUGCUCGCUGAUUGGCUGCGGUUGCCAAGGAGCGUUACUAUGGUAAUGCGUGUCUUGAGGAUCAAUCACAGUCUGAGACUCGAGCCGCCGCGAUGCUAACAGCUAGCAUGCUAACAUGCUAACAGGCUAACAGGCUAACCGGGAGAUUUAUCGGUUAAAACGCGAAGAAGAAACAACGGAAACGGAAGAAAAAGUUCUUGAGUGAGUGAAGAGCAGCCGCACUGCCUGAUGGGAAACAGAACAGACGUUUCUUCACUUCUCAAACAGUUCGGCUGCAGCUGCUAAAUGUUAGCGGCUAACGUGUUAGCAGUGCGUAAAGUUUGAGGAAGUGAGACCUGUUCAGGAUGAGUGAGGACCCCGAGCUGCAGGGGGCGGCAGAGUUCAUCAGAGAGCGUCUGUACUUCGCCACGUUACGCAGUAAACCCAAGAGCACGGCCAACACACACUACUUCUGCACCGACGAGGAGUUCGUCUACGAGAAUUUCUAUGCAGACUUCGGGCCUCUCAACUUGUCCAUGUUGUUCAGAUUCUGCUGCAAACUCAACAAGAAGCUGAAGUCCUUCACUCUGACCAGGAAACGAAUCGUUCACUACACCAGCUUCAACCAGAGGAAGAGAUCGAACGCUGCUGUUCUGAUUGGAGGAUACGCUAUGAUUUACCUGAAGAAGACUCCAGAAGAAGCGUACCGAGCUCUGGUCUCGGGAUCGAACGCCUCCUACCUGCCCUUCAGAGAUGCGUCCAUUGGAAACUGCAGCUACAGUCUCACUCUACUCGACUGUCUUCAGGGCAUCAGGAAGGCUCUGCAGCACGGCUUCUUUGACUUCGAGACGUUCGAUGUGGACGAGUAUGAACAUUACGAGCGGGUGGAGAACGGAGACCUGAACUGGAUCGUCCCGGGGAAGUUUGUGGCGUUCAGCGGACCUCAUCCGAAAACUAAAGUGGAGAACGGUUACCCUCUCCACGCCCCGGAGGCGUACUUCCCCUACUUCAGGAAACACAACGUCUCCACCAUCGUGCGUCUCAACAAGAAGAUCUACGACUCCAAACGUUUCAGCAACGCCGGGUUCGACCACCACGACCUCUUCUUCAUGGACGGCAGCACGCCGAGCGACACCAUCACACGCCGCUUCCUGCACAUCUGUGAGGGCACAGACGGAGCCGUGGCCGUCCAUUGCAAAGCUGGUCUGGGCAGGACAGGCACUCUGAUUGGCUGUUACCUGAUGAAACAUUAUCGCUUCACGGCGGGCGAGGCCAUAGCCUGGAUCCGGAUCUGCAGACCGGGCUCUGUGAUUGGACCUCAGCAGAACUUCCUGGAAGACAAGCAGGCCGCGCUGUGGUUGCUCGGCGACAGUGAACGCGCCCAGAAGAUCAAGCUGGAGGGGGGGGGGGGGUCUCACCUCAUCACCAGCAUGGACGACCUCAACUUAAACUCCGCCCCAAACAGCAACACGAGCAGAUCAUCGACCUCUGACCUUCUACACAAGGGGGAGCUAACAGACGGUGGGCUCGCUCUGACUCAGGGAGACAAACUAAGAGCAUUAAAGAGUCGACGCCCCCCCCGCCCCGCCACAACCGGACCUCUGAGGACGGACGACAUGAAGAUUCACAGCAGGUCAGCGUCUCCGCCGCUCAGGUUAUCGAUGGGAGCCCCCCCCCCCUCCCCCCUAAAGUCCUUCAGGUUCCCAUCAUCCUCUUCUUCAGCUGCAGCCAAGAGGAUCGGGAGGAGUCCGUCAUCAACGGCCUCCAAUAUUAGGAGCUCAGCCCUUGGCUCUCGAUUGGCCAGCUCUCUGACUGACCUUUAUGUGGAGGAGGAAACAACAAAUCAUUAUUCUUCACCUCCUCCCUCCUCCUCAUCUUUGCCCCUAAGCCCCUCCUCCUCCUCCCUGGUCCCGUCUUCUCUUUGUCGCUAUGGUAACGGCCCUCGCGGUUUCCAGCACGAAGUAAACAACAACAACAGCCGUUCGUUCAGCGGCACAGCGCCCCCUGCAGGGAAGAGCCUGGUCCGAGGCCCUGGGGCCUACAGUGCUAUGAAGGGCCCCCCAGGACGCUACCUGAGCCGCUCCAUACCUUCUCUUCAGUCUGACUUCAUCCAGUACUAAAACUACAGAUCUGAGGACACAUGGGACACAUUACCCACAAUUCCCCCUGAAGACCCUGAGAAGGUAGCGACGGACGCAGCGACUGAAGACAACGAACAGCUGCUCUGUCUACACUGAAUGUAAAUGAGAUGAUGUCAUCGACUCGUGUCGAUACAGAGACAGAUUUUAUAUAAAUGUAUUUUUAUUUUAACAAAGAACGUUUAGAGUUUCGAUCAGCUGACGCUCUGUCGUCAUGGUUACAGUAUUAACUUUGUGUGAAGGAUCCGAUCAUUUUAUUAUCGACAGCAACAAUAAAGAAGGAAGAAGAAGAAGAAAACAGAACAUUAGCAACAAACUCAGGGCAUUAAUGUGUUUUUAUAAACCAGCAAUGAUGUGUUCACUGACCAGUGGAACGUGUGUUAACACGGUGUGAUGUCAACACGUGUGUUGAGCGUGUUGGUGUGUAUGGUGACGUGCUCAUUAGGGCCUCAUGAUACAUCAAAAAUGUAUAGCAACGAUAUCGACAUGCGAUAUACAUAAAAGUAUUCACGCUCUUCAUGUGAAUAAAUUUGGCCAAUUAGAGGAGCCCAGCUGCAAUAGAUAAUAAAUAGAUUAAAUUAAUUAACGAUAAAUAUUCAGAUGUCGUUAACUUAUUUACUCACUGUUUUGGGUCUUUAGCAGCGAAGCCAGAGCAGAAAGACAUUUGUUUAUUAUCACAAGUCUUACAGUCAUUCAGUAUUCAACAACGUUAUCGCAUGUUCUCCUACUAUUGUGCAGCCCUAGUGUGCAGUCUGCCUGUUUUUGUGUAUGUUGACAUGUCCGUGUUGACGUGUGUUGGUGUAUUGUGUGUGUGUUUUGCAUUGGGACACGUGUCCUCAGAGAAUCCAACAUGUUUAUCAGACAGAUGUUAGCUCAGGAAGAACUUCGUUUCUGGAUAGACACUAAAUACCUUUCAGCUGAUUGGCUGUCUGGAGAUCAGCUGUUCAAUUGAUCAGAGAAUAUUUCUAAUGUCCAAUACUCUACCUCUUACACUUUCAUAAUAAAAGCCCUAAGGAGUAAGUAAAACAGCAAAAAAACACAACGACGCUCAACCACUGGUUAAUUCUCCCCAGUCACAUGAUAAUGGUGAUAAUUAUCACUAUCAUCAUUAACAACAAUAAAUCUGAGAGAAGUGAACGAUUCACUGCAUAAAAAAACAAAGUGCCUUUAUCUGUAGUUUGCAGAGGGCUUUUAUUUUGAAGUGAUUUUAAUAAUUGUUGCUUCAGUCUGAUUCUUUAAAAAAAAAAAAUGCAAACUUUAUUUAAACAUUGAAGGGAUGAGUUACAAAAUACAUGUGUAGCCUUUUUUCUUAAUUCACUUUAUUUCUGAGAAGAUUAAUAAAAUCUGUUUCUUCUGA